CUCACAGCUGAUUUGCUCGCCAUCUUGACAUGAACAUAAACAUUGAUGCCCUCUGCUCAAUGAUCGCCUUAUUAUCCAUAAAAACCGUAAAAUUGUCAAUACUCAAUCAAAACAGCCUUAAAUAUUUGUUGCAGCGUCGAGAAAACACAAGGUAGAUAUGUAGGAAAUCAUCUUCGCGCACGUAGCUGCACAUACAAGUCAGUAUAUGGGUUUCCAGAGCACUCGCUUGAGUGUAUUAUUGGUGGUUUUUCUGAAGGGAUGGGAGAUCUGAGAGGACCCCCGUCUGCAGACUGAUGGAGAGAGUCGUACUGUAGGUUAUUAUAGUGGUUAUGGACCAGGACUAUGAAAGACGCCUGUUAAGGCAAAUCAACCACCAGAAUGUCCCAGAGGGCCACCCGUCCAAGCAGUCCAGUUAUGCAGCCUGUAGUCCAGUGAGUGUGAAAUCAGGAGACAGAUUUAUCCCCACACGUGCCGGCAGUAACUGGAGCAUAAACUUCCACUACGCCAAUGAGAACUGUUGGUCACCCAAUCAGAAUCAGCGGGCGAAGGACGCAAGUACAGACACAGGGAAAGAUGCGGUGGCGUAUGCUGCUCUGCUGAGGAAUGAGCUAUUGGGAGCUGGAAUUGAAACCGUGCCUGAUCCUCACACUGAUGACCGUCGACACACCAUCCUCACGCAGGACACACACAGCCUCUUCAGGUACACCAUCCACACUAAGAGAGUGCCUUUUGACAAUGAAAUCUCACCUUAUUCCCUCUCUCCUCUCAGUAACAAAAGUCACAAACUGUUGCGUUCACCCAGAAAGCCCGCGCGCAAGAUUUCCAAAAUCCCCUUCAAAGUUCUGGAUGCCCCAGAGUUGCAGGAUGACUUCUACCUCAACCUGGUGGACUGGUCAGCUGGGAAUCUCUUGAGUGUUGGUUUGGGGGCCUGUGUUUACCUGUGGAGCGCCUGUACCAGUCAGGUGACGCGGCUGUGUGAUUUAUCAGUGGACGGCGACUCUGUGACAUCAGUGUGCUGGAAUGAGAGGGGAAGUCUGGUGGCUGUUGGGACUCAUAAGGGAUUUGUUCAGAUUUGGGAUGCAGCCGGAGGGAGGAAGUUGACCAGUUUGGAGGGACAUUCAGCACGCGUAGGAGCGCUGGCAUGGAACGGGGAGCAGCUGUCGUCCGGCAGCCGGGACAGAGUGAUUCUGCAGCGGGACGUCAGGACUCCUCCUCCGGUGGAGAGACGCCUGCAGGGCCACAGACAGGAAGUGUGCGGCCUCAAGUGGUCUCCUGACCACCAGCACCUUGCCUCUGGAGGAAACGAUAACAAGCUGCUGGUGUGGAACAGCUCAAGUCUCCUCCCUGUGCAGCAGUACAGUGAUCACCUGGCGGCGGUGAAGGCCAUCGCUUGGUCUCCUCAUCAGCACGGCCUGCUGGCAUCUGGAGGGGGAACAGCCGACCGCUGCCUGCGCUUCUGGAACACAUUGACUGGACAGGCUUUACAGAGCACUGACACCGGUUCUCAGGUUUGCAACCUGGCCUGGUCCAAACACGCCAACGAGCUGGUCAGCACACAUGGAUACUCCCAGAACCAAAUCCUGGUGUGGAAAUACCCUUCACUCACACAGGUGGCCAAGCUCACGGGACACUCAUAUAGAGUGCUCUACUUGGCCGUGUCUCCGGAUGGUGAGGCCAUCGUAACAGGAGCAGGAGAUGAAACACUGCGCUUCUGGAACGUCUUCAGCAAAACACGCUGCACCAAGGAAUCCAAAUCAGUGUUGAACCUGUUCACCAGGAUACGGUAAUCCAGUCCGUCCUCGAACGACAUGAAGCCUUCAGCUCGCUCUGUUCUGUGUCCUGAACACUCCAGAUCCUCUGACAGAGACCGAGACCCAGCACUUCCUCACUCACUUUUAUACUGUUUUACUCUGUCAGAAUGAAUUAUGUCAAGAGUCACUCAAGCUCUUAUUAUUGUACAUUGUGGAUGUCCAAACAGAUGUGCUAUUGUAUAAGUAGAAGUUAUAGAGAAAUGAAGCUAUAUGACCUAUAUUGUCAUUAUCAUGACUCAGUCAUGAGGUUGUAUGAAAAUUCAAUAUUUUAUAUGUGUGUAUCAAAACAGAUCAUGAAAUCUGUGAAAAAUAAAUACACUUCACACUAA